UCUACCAUCUGAGCUACAUCCCCAGUGCUGAUACUAAAAUUUUAUGCCAAACACUUUUAACAAAAGCACACAUUGACAUGAAUUACUUUGCCGCUGGACAGGCGUUGAGUCAUGGAUGACGCUAAGCUGGAGGGAAUCCGAAAAUGGGUAUCCAAAUUCAAAGCUGUCUCUGAUGAAAUGUUUGGAGUUUUCUUGAGUUUUGGGUCCACCUGCCUUUUUCAUUGGUUCUUGCUCUGGGAAGGCAUUCUCAAGAAGGCCAUUGAGUUAGCUAUGUCAUGUGAUGCAGAUGUUGGCCUUCUGAUGUUUUCUCCUACAGGUCGAUUGACCAGCUAUGCUAACAAGGGAAGGAUCGAGGAUAUCUUUCUUCGUUAUAUUAACCAGCCUGAUGAUUUCAAAGGAUAUGUCCACAAUGAAGAGUUCUUGUACCAUAAUCUCAAACAGUUGAAGUACGAAGCAGAAAUGCUGGAUAAAAUAGGAAGGUUUGAGGCUCUUGAGAGAAAACUUUGUGAACUCAAUCGGCAAAAAUAUGAAGCUCAGGAAAGGAUAAGGUAUUAUAAUCCAGAUAUGACAAAGAUCCUCACAAUUCCUCAAGCUAAUCUCCACCAGCAAUUUGUUAUCGGUGCAAUUCAACGAAUUGAAAAGUUGAAAAAAUCCUUCUUCCUUCAGAAGGCAAAACUGCUUGAGAAAGAGACUUCACCUUCAAAGCUCAAUGAUGUUGAGAUGCCUGCUGUUAAGUUGAAGGGCUCUGAUCUGACAACUGAAGAAUCUGUAAACUCUAAAGGAAAGAGGAAUCAAUCAACAGAUGAUCACAAAGAGGAAGCUUGCUCACUCGCUGGACCACACCUAAGCAUUAGCUACCUCUUAACACAAAAGAAGAACAUUGAAGAUGCCGAGGACAUUACAUCAAUCGAUGGUCACUUGUCUUAGAGGCAUAAGUUUCAGGGAAUAGCACAGCAUUGUUGUGGAUAAGGGACUUCUAUCAGUCUAAAAGCUUAUAUGGUUUUCAUAAAAGCAAAACACGUUGCUAACAAUAUCGGCUUAGCUAAGCAGUAGUUCUCAUUCUCAACAGUGUUGAGGUUUAAAGUUUAAAUCGCUUUCUCCUUCCUAAGAGUUCUUCAAAUGUAGGGAAAAUAAAGAGAAACAGGUUAGGGUUGGCCAGUCCAGUAGUUAUAGCAAUCGUGUACUCGUUGUCUGAAAUCUGAAACUUUGAAAAUAGCAAGUUUUAUAGUUAUUUUGAUUAUGGUUUGCUGGAUACAUCCUGUUACAAUACAACGAAAUUGGCAGUCUGUUGAAACAUACCUUUGGAGAUGGCGUUUGGUGGGCUGUGUAUAUAAACAACAAGGGGUUUCCAGUCCCACCCAAAUGCUGGUCGGUCUGGUCGGUCUUGCUGGCCCAUCAGUUGACGGUUUUAGACAAUCAAAACUUAUGGUAUAUGGGAGGUAACAUUAUUGUUGUAAUUAAACUACGAUCCAUCUAAGCUGAUGAUUGUAG